AUGACUUUGUUCCCCACCAAGUUUGAAAAUGGGAAGAUUGAGUACAAGAUAAGGUACAAGGGGAGAUCAAGGCCAUUCUCUAGAGCCAAAGCCUUGGUGACUUCAGAACAGUCCAGGGACCCAACCAAGCUAAAGGAGCUUCUGUCUCAAGUCCUCACUAUCACCCUUGAUGGUGUCAAGGAGCCAGCUCGACCCACGAGCUCGAUCGAGCUAGAAACAGGGCAACUCGAUCGAGUUCCACAACUCGACCGAGUUUUUGCGAUUUCAAGUGUUCAUCUUCUUGUUUUGCUUGAGUUUAGUUUACUGCUCUUCAAUCCAUCAUUCAACAAGGAACCCAACUUCAAGAAACAACAAGUUCAAGAUGUUGAGAGGAGAGGGAAGCCAAACAGCUGUGACAAGAAGGCAAAGGGCAGAGAAAGCAAGGAGAUUGAGAGAAAGGAUGUCAAUGGAUGA